UUUGCCUCCUACCAGAAGGGAGAGAUAAGCAUGGGACUUGGCGAAGCACAGCCCGUGUCGGCGACGUCGUCCGCAUAUUCGAACGGCACGCAGCGUUCGUCGUCCAUGGGGACGUUGGCGUUUGCGACGGAACUGCCGCAGUAUUUUGUGGACUUUCAAGUUAAAGCCAGUGGGUUGUCGCUCACGUCCAAGUACGAGUGGCGUCAGUUUGCGCUCACGGGACCCGUCCUGGACGUGUACUUGCUGGAGAAGAAGACCCAUUCGUUCCGUGCGUCGGACGUGAGCAUCCAGUUCAUGUCGGAGACGUUUUUCCGCCUCGACGUCAAGGGCAAGCGGGUGUUUGUAUUGAACGUGCCAUCCCAGUCGCGACUUACCAAGUUCCAACGCGUGUUGCAGCUGGCAUCGAGCAACCCCAGGUGGUCGCCGCCCGUCGUGGACGUGCUCACGGACCUUGUGGGAGUGGCCACCGAGAUUGUCGAAGCAGAAACCUCUUCCAAAGUGGCCGUGGCCGCUUCAUCCGUGACGAUUGCACAGAUUCAAACUCACUUGGCCGAGAUGCACUCGAUGUAUCAACUGCAGGCGUCUUGCUCGUCCAUGGAGGAACUAUACGACCAUCUGCUCACGAUUGAAGCUGACUAUUGCACGAACGUCCACACCGACAACUUUGCGCACACGGUGCACAAGCUGCACCCGGUGCAGUACAUUCGAUCCAUGGGCCGCCGCGACUUGUACCGGCAAUGCCUCAAGGCCAAGCUGGCCACGUGUCCGUACGUUUCUUGCGGCCACCCGAUUCCCGUCGGUGUCAUGUACAAGGUCCACAUCAAAGCCGAGUCGUUGCCAUGUCCGCGGUGCAACAACGUGCUCUCUGUUGGCGCGUUCAAAAUUGCUUCGUUCAUCGCCGAAGCCCCUCAGUUUGUCAUUGACCACGAGUUUCGCAACAAUAAGCAGUGUCUUCUCGUACAGACUCCGGGGAUGCCCACGGACGGCCGCGUUGAAUCGUUUAUGAACGAACUUCGCCGGCGCAUGCACGUCGCCGCGCCAGACGCGAGCCGCGACGCCGUCGUGAUGCUGCAGACCCAAGUGGCCACCCUAGCAACCAAGCACUUGGUCAACGAGUUGGGUGCGUUCGAAAUCGACCUCGUUCAAGCGAUGCUUCGGCAGCUGGACUUUUGCAACAAAAUGUGCCCCAAUAUGGAGUACUGGACCAACCCGAUUGUGCUCGCGGCGUCCAUGAGCCGGUACCACAAGUUUAUGCACGUGAUGAAGGUGAAACUCAAGGACAACGUGAUGCUCGUUCCCACGUCCGAUAUUGACCUGGUGUGGCAUACACACCAAAGCUUCCCCGGUGACUAUGGUACAUUUUGCCGCCACACCGUUGGCCGCCUCGUAGAUCAUGACGACACGAUCAACGGGGGGGACCUCCGCAAAGGCUACGCCGAGACCUUUUUAACAUGGGCCGAGCUCUUUGACGACGCGUACUCGUCGUUCGCUCCGAGCUACGUAGCAUGGACGACGGAAAAGACCAACAAUGCUAUCAACCAUCACUUCUUAAAGAAAAAGUGGCAAAAGUAUGGCCGGCUGCCGUCCCGCGACUGCCGCUUCGUUGGGGUUGACGAAGCAUUCGCGGUCGAAGCGCUGCCGUACGCGAUGGCCGUGGUCGUGCCCGACGAAAAGGCGGUGGCGGCCAGCAAGACGCCCAUUCCCGACGCCAUCUCAGUCUACAUGGCUGUGAUCGGUACGCCAGUCAUGGACGGACGCGUCCGGCUGCAGUACUCGCGCCACAACUACCUCAUGGAAGACGGCGGCCUCGGCUACGUCUACUAUGGCGGGUGUGGUGUUAUGUUUUACGGCGGAUGCAUGGGCAUGUACGGCGGGUAUGGCAUGUAUGGCGGCGGGAUGAUUGGCGGCUGCGGCAUGACUGCUGGGUGUGCCAGCGGCGGGUGCGCCUCGGGAUGCGGAGGCGGUGGCGGGUGCGGCGGAGGCUGCGGGGGCUAAGCAAGCACUGUUGUUGGGUUGGUUGCUCAAGUGUUUGGAGCUUUCGGUUUUACAUAAAUGUGGCGUCACCUUUUCAAAAAGGCAUGUUUUGUCCGAAUGUAUACUUACAGUUAGUACAUGUAUUAAUCACUACUAUAGUUUUGCCC